AUGUCAAACUUGACACAUCUUCAACAGUUAGACUUGUCUAGUAAUUCCCUAUGUGGCCCACUUCCUCAUAAUGCGAGCAAUCAUCAAAAGCUAACCCAACUGGAUUUGUAUGACAACUUACUGAAUGGUACCAUACCAUCUUGGUUGUUUAGCCUCCAUUUGCUAAGAUCUUUAUUGUCGCUCAGUCGAAAUCAAUUUAGUGGACUACCCGAUGAGCUCAAAACAAAUCCAGCAUUAAUAGAAGUGGAUUUAAGCAAUAAGCAACUCAGUGGUUCUUUUCCUCAAUCACUUGUGAAUCUCACAAACCUUGAAACCCUUGACCUUUCAUCAAAUAACAUCACCGGUCCAUUUCCCGCUUCAAUUUUAAGUUUGACACAUCUUGAAUACUUAGACUUGUCGAGUAAUUCCCUAUCUGGCCCACUGCCUAGCAAUGCAAGCAUGCUUCAAAAACUAAUUUCUGUGGAUUUGUCUUACAACUCGCUGAAUGGUACCAUACCAUCUUGGAACCUCCCUUUACUAUCUUUGUUGUGGCUCCAUUAUAAUCAACUCAGUGGUUCUUUUCCUCAAUCACUUGUGAAUCUCACAAACCUUGUAUACCUUGACCUUUCAUCAAAUAACAUCACCAUUGCUGAGGGAAUAAAUAUCACCUUUCCUUGCCUAGAAGUUUUGCAGCUAUCAUCUUGUGAACUGAAGGAUUUUCCACACUUCUUGACAAAUGUAAAGACACUUCAGGUCUUGGAUAUUUCUAAUAAUAAGAUUUGUGGUCAAAUCCCUAACUGGUUUAGCAGCAUGAGCUUCAGUAACUCGAUUCCAAGUUGCUUGGGAAGCAUGGCUAAUCUAACGGUGUUGGACUUAAAGAAAGAACAACCUCACAGGGAGUCUUCCUCCAUUAUGUGCACAGAGCACUUCAUUGAGUACCAUUGUCGUAAAUGCUUGGCUCGGAAUCUUGAAGAGCUGCAGGUCCUUAUAUUAAAGUCGAACAAGUUCCAUGGACCUACAAGUACGUGUCAGACUAAGUUUUGCUUUCCUAAGUUGCGAAUUUUCGAUCUUUCUUGUAAUGAAUUAAGUGGCUCACUUCCUGCAAAAGUUUUUAGAAACUUCAAGGCAAUGAUAAAAUUAGAUGGCGAAGACACAGGAGAGAUAGAGUACAUGAAACUAUCUGACACAUCGUAUGAGGAUUCAGUGAGUUUGGUAAUCAAAGGGCAGGUUAUUGAGCUACAAAGAAUCAGCACAAUUAUGACAACCAUAGAUCUCUCAAGCAACCAUUUUGAAGGUGUCAUUCCGGAAACACUAAAAGAUCUCAGCUCACUUUGGCUACUCAAUUUAUCCCAUAACAAUCUCAUAGGUCAUAUUCCAAUGGAAUUGGGGCAAUUGAAUAAACUUGAAGCUUUAGAUCUCUCCUGGAAUCGGCUCACUGGAAAGAUUCCGCAGGAAUUAACAAGAAUGAACUUUCUGGCCUUCUUAAACGUCUCUCAAAAUCAUCUCGUCGGACCAAUUCCUCACAGUCUACAGUUCAACACAUUUGAAAAUGACUCGUAUGGCGGCAACCUUGAUUUAUGUGGUCCUCCUUUAUCAAAACAAUGUGGAACGAGUGAUUCAUCACAUGUUCCUCAAGCAUUGGAGUCCUAUUUUUUUAGUGGAUUUACAUGGGAAUCAGUAGUCAUAGGCUACAGUUUUGGACUAGUUGUUGAAACUAUCAUGUGGAGUCUCAUGUUUAAAUAUCGUAAGCCAAAAUGGUUAGUGGAAUUUUUUGAUGGACUCAUGCCUCAGAAAAGAAGAAGGCCAAAGAAGAGAGCUCAGAGACAACAGACUUAA